GUUACUUCACGUUCUUCAUUUGAGCUCUCCCGGCUUGACGGUUAGUGUUUUUUGUUAUUGUCGGUUCCCUCUUGGGUGUUCAGAGUUCAGGCUCCAGAGUACAGUGCUCCAUGAGCCUGCAAGCCCUGCAGAGUUCUUCCUCUCCGCUCAUCAAAAGUGUGUCUGUAAUGCAUCCAUCGCCCGGAGCUUGGCAUAGUGAUUCCUGUCUUGGAUCACAGCUCAAAUAUGGCAGCUGACAGGAAUCUUGUGUCAUGGAAGUUUCUGGAACAAUUGGAUCCGAGGCUAGCCAUGGGUUCCAGCAACCGGCAAACGGUGUGUCAUGUCAUAAAGAAUCUUGUGUCAUGGAAGUUUCUGGAACAAUUGGAUCCGAGGCUAGCCAUGGGUUCCAGCAACCGGCAAACGAUGUGUCUUGUCAUAAAGAAUCUUGUGUCAUGGAAGUUUUUGGAACAAUUGGAUAGUCAUGGGUUCCAGCAACCGGCAAACGGUGUGUCUUGUCAUAAAGAAUCUUGUGUCAUGGAAGUUUCUGGAACAAUUGGAUCCGAGGCUAGUCAUGGGUUCCAGCAUCCGGCAAACGGUGUGUAUUGUCAUAAACCUUUGCCUGAUCUGUCUAGUACCCAUACGCCAUCGCCCUCUCCGAACACCUUUGCGUUGACUCUCGGCUUGCUGUUCCCUUGUCUAACUAACUCUUCGUCUACUCUGUCGUUAACAUCUGGUAGUAAUAGAUCUAUUUUGCAGUGUAACUCGCGACCGAACAUCAUAAAAGCAGGUGUUUUUCCCGUUGCUCUCUUUGGGGAUGUUCUAUGA